AUGAGAGUGUGUGCGUCUCUCUCACUCUCUCUCACAAAUUCUCAGACUCUGCUGCGGUGCUGGCCUUCGUUGCACUAAACCCAGCAGCAGCAGCAGCCAUGGCUGCCAUGCCCGCCACCACGGGAAUGUCCCGCCUGCUCUCUCCCACCCCUCCCCCGCCUGCCUUGCCCCGUUUCUCAGCUCUCUUCUCCGCCACGCCCGUCUUCUGUUUGAUCCCCGGCCGUCGCCACCAAUCUCAUCUCCUCACCUCUACCCGGCACUUGGGUUCGCUGCAUCUCGCCCAUUUCGCCAGGAACGCCAGGAACGCCACGAAUGUGCCCGGCGAGAGGAAGGGCGUCGCCGUGACGCCACAGGAGCCCGAGAUGUCAGCCGCAGAGCUCAAGGCGUACGAGGAGGCAUGCGCCAAACUGGAGGGUCAGGAGCCGGACUUCUGGGAGGGCUCUUCAUGGAAUUCGCUCGGUUUCGCGAUGCAGUACUUGUGGGUGUUCGGCGUCGUCGUAUCGAUCGUAGCGUGUAUCACGGCAGUUCGAACGUACAAUUUGGGCGCCACGGACUUCAAGAACACCGAAGUGUUCAAAGAGGCUAUCGAGUACCAGGUGGACGGGUCCGAGGACACUGGCUCGUCGGUGUUCGACGAUGCCACCAAGGAGGCACCGUAAGGUGUGGGAUCUUCUGUGUAAGGGUCUCUUUAGAUUCAGGAUGUAGAGUAUAGUAGGAAUUGUUGACACAUGCCCCGCAGGUGAGAUGCUGGAAGCAUUCCAGAUGUGCGACGUAGAAUAUGGGGCAUCGUCAGUUGAAUAGGUGUAGACGAGGAUUUGCUCUUGUUGGUGUAGCAGCAAAGGCGAGGAGGUCGAUUUCCAGAUGAAUUGAGGAGCUUCUUUUUGGGCUACGCGGGGUGGUCUUUUUUUUCGAAAAGCAGCCCUAGUUUACGUAUCCCCCCGGUCGAGUGGAUGGGUUUGAGAGAGAGUAUUUGCUUUAUACUAUCAUCAAUUGUUGAAGAAAAACAUGGCGACUUGGAUAGACUCCACGCAACAAGAAGUAAUUGGCGCAAGAAGUGUUGUACGAUGCAGAUGUAGGUGGAUCAGAUUAGUGUGGUUGUAUUGUAUUGCUCAGAUGCGGCAUCUUCACAGGUAUACGGAGCAGCAGAGGCCAGUCGGAGAAGUGUGUGCAGCGUAAUCUGUUGUGCACCAGAACAUGGUGCCGAGUAAUAAGGACUUCAAUUCCGUGUGAGCACCGAGACGAACUGACUCUGAGUGAUGCGGUGCUCCUGACGGACCAGCCUGCUUAGAAUGUUGUGAGGUAGAAACUUCACUUGGAUGAUUGUGUCCGGAGGUACUGGAAAUGAGGAUCUCGCUCACCAGAACAGAACCACCGACUUGGAGUAGAUGCUGCAUAUCUACAAAUGCAUGUCUGGGAGCAAUCCAAGUAGGAGAGGAACCUUUUGCAAGUCAUCUGCAAACCCAUGUCAGAUAUGUUUGAAUAAACCACUGUUAUGCAAACAUGAAUGUAGCUGAGUCUACAACCAUGACAACAAAGGGCA